GGCUAUUUAUUUAAAACAUUUCGCGACAACAACAACAUUAUCGUUCGGACAGAUUGCCAGCAAGGUUGUGCAGUCUUCCUUGUGCACGCGAGUGCUUUUCCUUUCCAGCUAAACAGCGUCCACCGAUUAGUUUGUUUAUUGUUUCGUUUGAUUAAUAUUGGUGUGUGCUGGUGCGUGACUGUGUCUGUGGUGGCGCAGUAGCCAAUUGAAUUCUACUGACCGCGGGGGCACACAAAAUUGUGCAGUGCCGUGCAAAACAAAACAACAAAAAAAACGGACCACUAACGGGGUAGCGAUAAAGCAAAAGACGUACGAAUGCAAUAAAUACAUAUUAAUCAGCGCAGCAGUGAUCCAGAAAACAUUUCGAGAAUAAACCCUCGUAAAGGGUUGGAGUAAAAUGCGUACCAUUCCGCAGCUUCUACUGCUGCUAUCGACGGCACUGGUACUGCUGACGGUGGUCCGUUCCGAGGAGCAACCAAACCCCGUCACCGAGGCAGAUGUGACAUCGAACAGCAAUGGCCCGACGGAUGAGAUCGACGAGGAAGUACAGAACCGUUUGACUACCGGACUACGCUUGGAGCAUGAGCUAGUGAAAGAACAGGCAGAUGCUCCUUCGACGGUCAACGGAAGCAGUGAAGGAGGCAUCGUUGCCAUACACGUCGAUGCAGUCGGCGGUAAGGAGCAGCUACGUCCAACGCAGCGCGGACUUUCCUACAUUGCGACAUCAUUCUUACCACGCGAGUACAGAUUCGUAGAAAUUCUUUCGGCCACGCGCGAAGUGGUGGCCGGUGUACGGUACGAGCUGACUGUAAGCGCUGAAGAUGAGCCAAAUGGUGAGAAGCAUAUCUGUCACUUGGUGAUCCUCGAGAAGCCCUGGAUCACGACGGAGUAUGGUGAGAAAUAUCGUACACUGGAAUACACCAACUGUAGUUCGCCAUCUACGCAAACAGCGGCUGAAGAGACAGCCACUAGGCUCAAUCCCGUGUUUGAUGCGAAUCUGCGUCAAAAUGAAGAACUUACCCCAGAAAGGAUUGGAGAGCUCGAGCAACAGAUCAUUGUGGAAAAGGUGGAAAUGUUGGAAAUAACAUCGCCACCGACGACACCUCUAACCAGCGAUGGACAGGAUCCAUCGCUAACAACCAGCAGCACCACUACCGAGAGCGAAGGAUUAAGUGAUGCUGCAAAAAGCGCUAUUGAUGAGCUUUUUAGCUUUGCUAGCGCUCCUCUACAAAAUGCCAACCGAAACCCUGCCCAACAAGAAAACGUCGGUUUUGGUGCAGAAGUGAUCGAAGAAACGAUCGUACCGGUGAGGGUCUUUAAAAAUCGUGCAGAAGCACAAGAUACCGUGACGACACCAGCAACUGCAACUACCACGACAAUAGCACCUUUGGAUCAACAGGUACAAUCGACAUUCGACGAGGUUUUCAAAACACAUCAGGAAAUACAAAAGGCGCUUGAUGAGGUGAUUGUAAAUGGAGGAGGCCGCGAUGUACAGCUCAAGUACCGACCGGUGUUUGAUUCGUUGCUGCAGAAGGUGAAAGCCAGCAUCGAUAGCUAUUACCGCACUACAAACGGAGGUGAUGCGAACGUUGAUACGGCCGCAUUUGUCGUGCGUGAUAACACGAAUGUUACCCCAAGCGGUGUUCGAGGUUUUGUACCGACACGAACAGCUGCGUCCACAAGAAAUGAUGAUCAAUCCUCACAAGAAAGUGACGAAGGACAGCAGCGAGAAUCGUUACCGGCCGUGAAUCUGAAACCUCCUAGGGUCGAUGCCCCAACAGCGGUAGCAUAUGGUACUGACUCGGACGAAGAUGAAGACGAUCAGCAGAUACUCACCAAGGACCAAUUUGUCAAGGAAUUAAAAGACGAGGAAAGUCUUCAGCGAGUGAAGAAGCAUUCGAUAUGGAAGCGGAACGAAGAGGUGGAUAAUAAAACAAAAGAUCCAAUUGGCUUAUCAGAUGAUACCGAAGAUAACGACAAGGACGAAAAGCUCUCGAAGGAAGAACUUACUCGGCAACUAAACGCAGACGAUGGUCUGCGGCGGGACAAGCGCGGCUUUUCCAGUGGUAGCUUUUCUGGUGGUGGAUUUGGUGGUGGAUCAUACAGCGGUGGAGGCUACUACGGAGGUGGCCACUAUGGAGGCGGCUACUAUGGAGGAGGAGGAGGCUACUACAAUCCUUAUCGUAGAAGACAACAUCGUCCGGUACAAAAUUAUUAUGGUCACUAUCGUGGAAAGCGCAGUGCUCCGGAGGUUGAUACGCCUGUAGAGUUGAACGAACAAGAUGGUGUGAAAAUGGCUGAGCGGGACGCUAAAUCAGGAUCGUCGGCAGCUAAUGCAGUGCCUGUACCGUCUGUAAGUUCUACAGUAUCUAUCAGCAAUGUAGAUAAAGAUGAAACCACAACAGUAACUUCUGCGUCGAAGAUACCCGAAGAAGUAAAGAACGUUGAACUGGAUAAUAAAACAAAAGAUCCAAUUGGCUUAUCAGAUGAUACCGAAGAUAACGACAAGGACGAAAAGCUCUCGAAGGAAGAACUUGCUCGGCAACUAAACGCAGACGAUGGUCUGAGGCGGGACAAGCGCGGCUUUUCCAGUGGAAGCUUUUCUAGUGGUGGAUUUGGUGGUGGAUCAUACAGCGGUGGAGGCUACUACGGAGGUGGCCACUAUGGAGGCGGCUACUAUGGAGGAGGAGGUGGCUACUACAAUCCUUACCGCAGAAGACAACAUCGUCCGGUACAAAAUUAUUAUGGUCACUAUCGUGGAAAGCGCAGUGCUCCGGAGGUUGAUACGCCUGUAGAGUUGAACGAACAAGAUGGUGUGAAAAUGGCUGAGCGGGACGCUAAAUCAGGAUCGUCGGCAGCUAAUGCAGUGCCUGUACCGUCUGUAAGUUCUACAGUAUCUAUCAGCAAUGUAGAUAGAGAUGAAACCACAACAGUAACUUCUGCGUCGAAGAAAACCGAAGAAGUAAAGAACGUCGAGCUGGAUAAUAAAACAAAAGAUCCAAUUGGCUUAUCAGAUGAUACCGAAGAUAACGACAAGGACGAAAAGCUCUCGAAGGAAGAACUUACUCGGCAACUAAACGCAGACGAUGGUCUGCGACGGGACAAGCGCGGCUUUUCCAGUGGAAGCUUUUCUGGUGGUGGAUUUGGUGGAGGAUCAUACAGCGGUGGAGGCUACUACGGAGGUGGCCACUAUGGAGGCGGCUACUAUGGAGGAGGAGGUGGCUACUACAAUCCUUACCGCAGAAGACAACAUCGUCCGGUACAAAAUUAUUAUGGUCACUAUCGUGGAAAGCGCAGUGCGUAUAUUACUACGCCUGUAGAGUUGAACGAACAAGAUGGUGUGAAAAUGGCUGAGCGGGACGCCAAAUCAGGAUUGUCGGCAGCUAAUGCAGUUCCUGUACCGUCUGUAAGUUCUACAGUAUCUAUCGGCAAUGUAGAUAAAGAUGAAACCACAACAUUAUCUUCUGCGUCGAAGAUACCCGAAGAAGUAAAGAACGUCGAACUGGAUAAUAAAACAAAAGAUCCAAUUGGCUUAUCAGAUGAUACCGAAGAUAACGACAAGGACGAAAAGCUCUCGAAGGAAGAACUUGCUCGGCAACUAAACGCAGACGAAGGACUGCCCCGUAACAAACGAGACUUUUCGGGUGGAUUUGGUGGUGGAAGUUUCGGAGGUUUUUCUGGCGGGAGUUUCGGCGGAGGUUCUUUCAGCGGCGGCGAUGGAUAUUAUGGUGGAGGAUAUUAUGGCGGAGGAUACUACGGAGGGGGCUACUACGGCGGGGGAGGAUAUUAUCCUUACCGCAGAAGAUAUUACCGUCCGUCACCGUACUACUAUGGUCAUUACCGAGGAAAGCGCAGUGCACCGUCGGAUGAUGUACCAGUGGAGGUGAGCGAACAGGAUAAUAUCAAAAUGGCGGAACAGAAUACUAAACCAGAACCCCUAGCACCGAAGAUCGAGCUGGUAACGACGGCUCUCGGUGAUUCGAACGAAGCGGAUGAAGUACUGACCAAGGAACAACUUGCCCAGAAAUUGAAUGCCGAUGAUGGACUUCGUCGGGAUAAGCGAGGAUAUUCUUCGUCAAUUUUUUCAUCGAGCGAAAGCCACGGUUAUGGCCAUAAAGUGAAAUACUAUGGAAAAUAUAAACCACGCCCUUCAUACAUCAAAGUUCCGCUAUCACCUUACCAUGCACUCAAUCGCGGGAAGCGUACUGUGAGCACGGCCGAUAGUAAUUCCAUCAAUCUAGAUGAUCCUGCAGAAGAAGCACCGUACUACUAUGGUCAUCACCGAGGAAAGCGCAGUGCACCGUCGGAUGAUGUACCGGUGGAGGUGAGCGAACAGCAGGAUAAUAUCAAAAUGGCGGAACAGAAUGCUAAACCAGAACUCUUAGCACCGAAGAUCGAGCGGGUAACGAUGGCUUUCGGUGAUUCGAACGAAGCGGAUGAAGUAUUGACCAAGGAACAACUUGCCCAGAAAUUGAAUGCCGAUGAUGGACUUCGUCGGGAUAAGCGAGGAUAUUCUUCGUCAAUUUUUUCAUCAAGCGAAAGUCACGGUUAUGGCCAUAAGGUGAAAUAUUAUGGAAAAUAUAAACCACGCCCUUCAUACAUCAAAAUUCCGCUAUCACCUUACCAUGCACUCAAUCGCGGAAAGCGUACUGUGAGCACGGCCGAUAGUAAUUCCAUCAAUCUAGAUGAUCCUGCAGAAGAAGCACGAAUGAAAGUGAUCGCGACUGAGGCGAUCCAACGUUUGGAUCAGAUGGAUUCGGAUCCAUACCAGCGCAUGUUGUUAGAAGUGCUCGACGCUCGGAAAGUGUCACAAAGAUCCGACAAAAGCCGGACAACGUACGUUCUACGUGUACUAACGGCUAAUUCGCGCUGUGCGGAAGAGGAGAGCAAAGUUACGGAGUCAUGCAAGAAGCGACUGAUUGAGGACACCACGAAACAGUGUACCCUUGAGGUACAUGUAUUGAAAGCGAAUGCGGAAGAUUCCCAACAGGUACAAUUAACUAAAUCUAAAUGUCAAAAACAGUCUAACAAUUUAGGUGACAGGCUCGUCGGAGGCGCAACACCGGUGGACCUAUCCGAUUCGGCACACAAGGAGCGCAUACGCCUGGGAUUGGUUGGCUAUGAGAGUGGAAAGCAUAGCAACUUCGAGAUACUGUUCGGAACAGUUCAGGUCGUAGCGGGCACCAUACAUCGCUACAAGAUCGCUCUGAAGGAUGACGACCAGCAGGUGUACAGCACGUGUGAUGUGAAGGUGUUCACUCCGCUUCCGUCCGACGCGAAGCCCGAGUACGAUUUCGACUGUCAAGAUAACAAAGAGGACGAAGCUGGUAAUCGCCGACGCCGUGAUGUGGCUGCGCCGAAAAAACUGAACAAGGUGCCCAAAACUGGCAGUGCACAGGAGCUAACACCGGAGGAGUAUGCGAAGGACGAGCAUCAAGCACGGGUUCGCACCGGCCUGCAGCAACAAUCGGCCCUGGUCGAUGGCAGUGGCAAUGAGCGUAAGGUGAAGAUUGUUGGGGCAAGCAUGCAGCUAGUUGCCGGACGAUCGUACACCUACCGAUUAACCUUCCCGGACGAUGAAUCGAAACGCGUCUGCAAACUGACCGUGUGGGAGAAGCCCUGGCUAAAGGAAAAGGCACCACAGGAAGCAUUCAAGGCAUCGUUCGAAUGUCCGGACAGUGUGACGCGAACGAAGCGCGAUUCCUACUGUCAGGGUUGUGCCUCACCACUGUCUGCGGACGAGUACGGUAACACCGAGCACCAGGAGCGCAUCGAUAAGAUUCUUACAUUUCACGGUCUUACCCGCGGAAGCUCGCUGAAGGUCAUUAAUGCAACUAGCCAGAUUGUUGCCGGUAAGAAGUACGUUUACUACAUCCAGCAUAACAACGCUGUCUGCAAGUUAACAUCCUGGGAGCGUGUCUGGUUGACCAAAUCACACCCAGAGGAUGCUUACAAAUACACGUACGAAUGUGAAAAGGAAGUUGCCGCUUCGAAGGCACGCACACGUCGCUCCGUAGUACCCGGUGGUUCUCGUUCCCUGUCACAGGACGAGCUGACGGCUACCGAGCACAUUGAGCGGGUCGAUAAGAUUUUGGUUUCAAACGGUGGAUCGAAAGAAUCGUCUAAUGCCCGGAUUGUUAGCGGAACCGUACAAAUAGUGUCGGGUAAGCUGUACAAGUACGCUGUCGAAUUUAGCACGGAUGGAAGUAGCCAGAUGUGCAAACUUUCAUCCUGGGAACGGCCGUGGCUUGAGGAGAAAGAUCCGACGGAAGCGUACAAGUAUACCGUUUCCUGUCCGGGUGCGAAGGAAGCAGGAAGCCGUCAACGUCGGCACGCGAAGAAAGCUGGUGGCUCCAACGAACUAACCGCAGAAGAGCUGAAGGAUACGUCACACAUCGAGCGCAUUAGAGCCGGCAUGGUUUCGUAUAAUUCGGAACGAUCCAAAGCAUACAAUGAAUUUGAAAUAUUGGCUGGAUCGACGCAACAGGUCGCUGGUUCGCUGUACAAGUACACCUUCCGUGUAACGAGCGAGCCCGACACUGUGUGCAAAAUUUCCAUCUGGGAACGUGUAUGGCUGGAAUCGCAAGAUCAGCGUAAGUACAAUGUGAAAUGUACCGGUGAUGACGACACGGAACAGCAACCGGAUAUCAAAAGCUAUCCGCAGCAAGAAACCUCCCCAGCUACGACGGUAACACCACCGGUAAAGCGUCGAUCGGUGCGAUCGCUCAAGAUCGAUGAUGAUGAGCAUGUGCGACGACAGUUUAACAAAUUCAAGCAUCAUCAUCGCCGACAGUACGCUAGCUCUAUGGAGCACGAGAUGCGCUUCAACAUAUUCCGCAACAAUCUGUUCAAGAUCGAGCAGCUGAACAAGUUUGAACGUGGCACAGCCAAGUAUGGUGUGACAAAGUUUGCCGACAUGACGCAGGCCGAGUAUCGGGCACACACGGGCUUGGUAGUGCCGAAACAACACCAAGAUAACAAUCAUAUCCGCAAUCCGGUUGCCACGCAGAAAGAUGUGGCCAAUGUGGGCGACAUGCCGAGAUCGUUCGAUUGGCGCGAUCAAGGUGCGGUGACGAAGGUUAAAGAUCAGGGCAGCUGCGGUUCGUGCUGGGCCUUUAGUGCAAUCGGCAACAUCGAAGGGCUGCAUCAGAUCAAGACGAAUAAAUUGGAAUCGUACUCGGAACAGGAGCUGAUCGAUUGCGACAAGGUGGACAAUGGAUGCGGUGGUGGUUACAUGGAUGAUGCUUUCAAGGCGGUCGAGCAAUUGGGCGGUUUAGAGCUAGAGGAAGACUAUCCCUACAAGGCGAAGGCUCAGAAGUCGUGUCAGUUCAACAAAACGCUCAGCCACGUGCAGGUGAAGGGUGCAGUUGACAUGCCGAAGAACGAAACCUUCAUUGCGCAGUACCUGAUCAAAAAUGGACCGAUUGCAAUCGGACUGAAUGCGAACGCGAUGCAGUUUUACCGCGGUGGCAUAUCGCACCCUUGGCAUCCGCUGUGCAGCCAUAAAUCGAUCGACCAUGGUGUACUGAUCGUGGGAUACGGCAUCAAGGAAUAUCCAAUGUUCAACAAGACGCUUCCGUACUGGAUCAUAAAGAACUCCUGGGGGCCGAAAUGGGGCGAACAAGGCUACUAUCGUAUCUAUCGCGGUGACAAUUCUUGCGGCGUUAGUGAAAUGGCAUCGUCCGCCGUACUAGCAUAAGUUCAUUUGUAUGUGUGCGUUUUGCUUUUUGUUUUGCUCAUAACCUACUAUUCAACUCUUUUUACACUUUUUAUACCAUUUAUACUCUGCAUAUAUGUACCACAUUUUUACCUAUACUCUAGUUUUCAGACGAACAAAUAUAGAAAAGUAUGAUAAAAUGUAA